GAGCACUGUUCUCAUUCGAAAUCAUUUCCCCCGUUGAAACCACACUCUCCUUUUCUUUUCUUUUCUUUUCUUUCUCUUUGCUUCUUCUUCAUCUCCUUUCCUUGAAUCCAACCUUAGCUUAGACCUCUCCUACAUCUCGAAUUUCUAAGAGUUUGAAGCAUGUCUGACCACGAGGCCCCUAUGAUUAAUGGAGUAGUAGAACACAAGAUAGGUGAGGAGGUACUUCCGUUUGUGGAGGAUGACUACGGAGGAGUGAUCGUGGAGAUGAAUAAUCCAAUGGACCCCAAGUGUUUCGUUGCAAAGCUUAGAUAUUCGUUUACGCAGUGGCGGUCACAGGGUAAAAAGGGAGUCUGGUUAAAUUUACCUCUCACACAAGUUAACCUCGUGGAACCCGCAGUCAAGGAAGGUUUUCGGUACCACCACGCUGAGCCAACAUACCUGAUGCUAGUUUACUGGAUUCCCGAAGCUGAGAGUACUAUUCCUUUGAAUGCUUCUCAUCGUGUUCGUGUUGGUGCUGUUGUCUUGAACCAUGACAAAGAGGAAAAAUACGGUACAUUACGCGGAUCAGGUGUCUGGAAGAUCCCCACAGGAGUUGUUGACGAGGGUGAGGAGAUUUUUGCUGCAGCCAUUAGAGAAGUAAAAGAAGAAACAGGCAUUGACACAGAGUUUUUGGAGAUUCUAGCUUUCUGUCAAACCCACGAGUCAUUUUUUGCAAAGUCAGAUUUAUUCUUCAUUUGUCUGUUGCGACCUACCUCUUUUGAUAUUCAAAAACAGGAUUUAGAGAUUGAAGCGGCUCAAUGGAUGCGGUUCGAGGACUCUGCUUCUCAACCUAUCACACACAAGAACGAUCUCUUUGAAGUGAUUCAUCGCAUCUGCUCAAUGAAAAUGGAAAAGAGCUACACUGGUUUUUCCACAGAACCCAUUACAACUUUCUUUGACGACAAGUUAGGUUAUCUCUACUUGAAUAAACAAGACAUGAAUAAUCAUAUUUCUUAAUUUUUCUUCCAAGUUCCAAGAACAUAAAAGUUCAUUCAUCGUUAUUAAAGGUCUGAAUCUUCGAAGCCUAAAAUAGUUCAUCGAUCUGAACAAAAAGCGAUAAAUUAAGUUCAGAUUUUAUUUUCCUGAAAAGAUGUUGAAUUCUUCUUCUGCAAGCCAAAACAAAAACAAAAACAAAAAUUUAGUAAGAAGAGACAGUUCAUGAAGUGGGAAUAAUAAGCGAAGGUAUAUUGUUUGUAUUUGAUGAUUCGAAAAGAUCAUUGUAGUAACACACCCAAUAACAUUCAAUCACAACGGA